GAGAGAGAUGGUUGUGCAUCCCUCCAUCUGCGCGCCACACGCCGCUUGCUCCCAGAAGAAGAAGAAGAAGAAGAAGAAGAAGAAGAAGAAGAAGAAGGUUGAAGAAGCAGUGGUUGAGCAAAAGUGAAGACGUGGUCUUGCUGGAUGUUGCGAGGCUGGAGGAGGAUUAUUCCAACUUCCUGCCUUGUGUUCUCUUGCCUCCAGGUGGACUCCCAUCCUGCAACAACUGCCUUUUUAUUCCUCCUCCACAUCCCAGCACAGAUUAAUAUGCUCUUGAUCCACUCAAGCCACAGCAUCCCCGCUUGCCCCAGAAGCUUCUGUGAUGUUGGACUGGAGGUUCUGCUGCGUGGUGGUGCAGGCGUCGGUGUGGCUGCUGCUCUGCCGGGGGGAGAAGACGUGUCCCGCCAGUUGUCGCUGCGAAGGCAAGCUGGUCUACUGCGAGUCGGGGAUUUUCCGAGACAUCCCCAAAAACAUCACGGCGGGAUGCCAAGGUCUUUCUCUGCGUUAUAACAACCUGCUGAUUCUGACGCCGUACCAGUUUGCACGUCUCAACCAGCUGGUCUGGCUCUACCUGGACCACAAUUCCAUCACGGCUGUGGAUCUUUUAGCCUUCCACGGCGUCAGGAGGCUCAAAGAACUCAUUCUCAGCUCCAAUGAGAUAAGUGACCUGCACAACAACACCUUUAGCGCCAUCCCCAACCUGCGGAAUCUGGAUUUAUCUUACAACAAGCUUCAGUCCCUGCAGCCAGGACAUUUGUUUGGCCUGCGCAAGCUGCAGAAUCUACACCUUCGAUCCAAUGGAUUGAAACAGGUUGCUGUCCGUACCUUUCUGGAAUGCCGUAGCCUGGAGUUCCUGGAUUUGGGUUACAACCGCCUGCGGAGCCUCACUCGAACAACCUUUUUAGGACUCUUCCGGCUCAAAGAGCUUCAUUUGGAGCACAAUCAGUUUUCAAGGAUUAAUUUCUACAUUUUCCCACGGCUCACCAACCUGCAGGCUCUAUAUUUGCAAUGGAACCGCAUCCGAACCAUAAGUCAAGGCGUACCGUGGAUCUGGCCCAAAUUGCAGAAACUGGACCUCUCAGGGAACGACAUCCAAACGUUGGACCCCGCUGUUUUCCGGUCCAUGCCGAACUUGCAAACGCUCAAUCUGGAAUCCAACAAGCUAAGGAGUGUUCCCGUGGAAGCCGUGUCGGCGUGGUCUUCAGUGACCACCGUCAGCCUGGCUGGGAACUCCUGGGACUGUAGGCCCAGCAUAUGCCCGCUGAUAGGAUGGCUGAGAAGCUUGAGGGAUGCCAAGGACAUCAGCAUGAUAUGCAGCAGUCCUAAAUCACUGCAAGGAGAAAAGGUUUUGGACGUAGUGGCCAACCACUCCACGUGUGUUGACAUAUAUAAGGUCUUAACCACCACUGCUCUCAUUAUUCUCACUUCAGACCCAUUUGUGGAGAACACUUCUCACCUUCCCCUCCUGAGCGUCACCCAACCGGCUCACAGAGAGUCGCCAGGGCAGACAUCUCCUUGGCCGAACCAGACAGACAUAGCGACAGUGAAGGCCACAGCCAUUAUUAGCUCUUCAUCCCCAGAACCUUCCACCUCGUCCUUCCCGGAGAUACCGUUUGAGCAUAUGGCUUUCCAUAAAAUCAUCGCGGGCAGCGUAGCCCUCUUUUUGUCGGUGUCAUUGAUCCUGCUGGUGAUUUAUGUUUCAUGGAGGCACUACCCUAACACCAUAAAGCAGUUGCAGGAGCACUCAGUCAAACACAAGCGCAGGAAAAAAAGCCGGAGGCAGGAGCAGGACCUUAAUUCUCAGUUGCAAGAGUACUAUCUGAGCUACCACUCAAACUCUGAGACCAUGGACUCUCUGGCGAACGAGACAAGGCCGUGCACUUGCACUAUAUCGGGAUCCAUAGAAUGUGAAGUAUGAGAGCUCUGCUCCUCUUUAAGAGACGAUACGUGACGGCUUUAAGAUUCAAUGAGUGAUAUUUUCUUUUAAAGAAAUGUCUUCACGUGACGGAAGUGUUUGCCAGAUAUAUGGCAACUAGAAGUCAGCUCUGUACAUAGCCUGACCCUUUUGGUAAUCACCUGUGUCAUCAUCCCACAUGGAAACCAACAGAGACGUUUUUUUACUUAUCCAUUUAUAUUGUGCAAAGUAUUUAUGACCCCGGUGCAUCAUUGAGUGUAGAAAUGUGUGUGCGAGCGAGCCAAGACAAGGACUAGAAGAGUUCCAGGCUGUUAACGAUUGGCACUCUUCAACAUUUGUCUUACCAGGGCACCAAUUACAGGAAUCAUUAUCAUGUCAAAUUGGGGGAAACAAACACACGUAUCAUUUUUGCAUGGCCUCGUCCUCCUGAUGAAUGACUCACAAUCUGUCUCAUUUAGUUUUAAAUCUACCUUGUGAAUCAACCUGGCUUUCACCAAAAACUCCAAACAAAACAAGUGGGCUCACCAAGACAUUAUGACCACUUGCACAAUAAUAUGAGUCGAUACAAAAGAGAUCUCUGUCUACAGAAAAUAUUCUUCAGUAUAUAGACCGGAUCGAGUGUGAAGUGACUGGGAUGAGAAUCAGCACCUCUAAGUCCGAGUCCAUGGUUCUCGCCCGGAAAAGGGUGGCGGGCCAUCUCCGGGUUGGGGAGGAGACCCUGCCCCAAGUGGAGGAGUUCAAGUACCUGGGAGUCUUGUUCACGAGUGAGGGAAGAGUGGAUCGUGAGAUGGACAGGCGGAUCGGUGCGGCGUCUUCAGUAAUGCGGACACUGUAUCGAUCCGUUGUGGUGAAGAAGGAGCUGAGCCGGAAGGCAAAGCUCUCAAUUUACCGGUCGAUCUACGUUCCCAUCCUCACCUAUGGUCAUGAGCUUUGGGUCAUGACCGAAAGGACAAGAUCACGGGUACAAGCGGCCCAAAUGAGUUUGGGUCUCUCCCUUAGAGAUAGGGUGAGAAGCUCUGCCAUCCGGGAGGAACUCAAAGUAAAGCCGCUGCUCCUUCACAUCGAGAGGAGCCAGAUGAGGUGGUUCGGGCAUCUGGUCAGGAUGCCACCCGAACGCCUCCCUAGGGAGGUGUUUAGGGCACGUCCAACCGGUAGGAGGCCACGGGGAAGACCCAGGACACGUUGGAAAGACUAUGUCUCCCGGCUGGGACCAAGUGGACCAAGUGGCUGGGGAGAGGGAAGUCUGGGCUUCCCUGCUUAGGCUGCUGCCCCCGCGACCCGACCUCGGAUAAGCGGAAGAAGAUGGAUGGAGUAUUGAUCGACACUUUAGUGACCAUUAGGGGCCUGAUCUACUGAAAGUUUGCAAACGUGUUAAAACGUGCAAAGGUGAUAGAAGCAAGUAGCUCAGCGACUGCACAGAAGAUUACAGCAGCUCUUAAACGUUCAAAAUCCAACUCAUUUGGCUUGUCUGCCUUCAUAAAGAUGCAGAAUAUAUGCUGAUUAUCAGAACACCCACAAGCAAUGCAAAUAUAAUCAUUUAGCACUCGCAAUGUGAUUCAUCAAGGCCAAAACUGUUCUGCGGCCGCUGUUUUGUGUUUAUAUUGACAUUCUCCAAGCGGACGUGCUAUGUUGUGCACGACUGGAUGUGAAGAAGGAGGCGAUGGCUCUGCAAAGACAGACAAUAGACGGACUAUCCGCUGUCCUGCAGUACGUGUGUGUCAACAUACUCGGACUGUUAGAAAUAAAUACAAAAUGAUAGAUGUAUUGUUUAUUCAGCAAUCUCAUUUUAUGGAAGGACUGAUUAAAACACGUUGUAACUGCUUGUUUUGUUGUCUGCUGGCAGCUUUGUUCGCUGGUAUUUUUUCCACGUAGGAGAUAUAUUAUUAUUAUUAUUAUUGUUAUACUCAUACCUCACAUAUGAAAAAAAAAAUAUUGCAAUAUGCAUUUUCAUGGAUUCUUGAAUACAUUUGGGGAUCACAACACCCACGCUGCACACAGCACACCUUCGGAGGGGAGAAAAUACUCUGUUGUCUAGAUCAGUGCUUCUCAACCUUUUUUCAGUGAUGUACCCCCUGGCAACAUGUUUUUAAUUCAAGUACCCCCUAAUCAGAGCAAAGCAUUUUUGGUUGAAAAAAAGAGAUAAAGAAGUAAAAUACAGCACUAUGUCAUCAGUUUCUGAUUUAUUAAAUUGUAUAACAGUGCAAAAUAUUGCUCAUUUGUAGUGGUCUUUCUUCAACUAUUUGGAAAAAAAGAUAUAAAAAUAACUAAAAACUUGUUGAAAAAUAAACAAGUGAUUCAACUAUAAAUGCAGAUUUCUCCACAUAGAAGUAAUCAUCAACUUAAAGUGCCCUCUUUGGGGAUUGUAAUAGAGAUCCAUCUGGAUUCAUCAACUUACUUCUAAACAUUUCUUCACAAAAAAAGAAAUCUUUAACAUCAAUAUUUAUGGAACAUGUCCACAAAAAAUCUAGCUGUCAACACUGAAUAUUGCAUUGUUGUAUUUCUUUUCACACUUUAUGAACUUACAUUCAUAUUUUGUUGGAGUAUUGUUCAAUAAAUAUAUUUAAAAAGGAUUUUUGAAUUGUUGCUAUUUUUGGAAUACUUUGAAAAAAUCUCACGUACCCCUUGGCAUACCUUCAAGUACCCCCAGGGGUACAUGUACCCCCAUUUGAGAACCACUGCACUAGGGUUGUAGAGUAAACCAGUAUUACUAGAGUAACGUGAUACUAAUGAAUCACAUUCAGUACUAUACCGCCUCUGAAAAGUACCGCUCCCUCAACACCUCGUCGGUGUCACGUGCUGUCAAUGUUGGUUUUACGAGCAGAGGAGCAUGUUUGGCAGCGCGCACACACAGAGUACUUACAAGCAGACACAGUGUGUGGACAGAAAAGGAAGAAUGGACGCAUUUUGGUGUAAAAAGUCAAGAAAAAGGUGAAGUUAUAACACUGAAUCACCCUCAAGAAGAGAUGAUUUAAGACACUAGUUUAGCUAGCUAGCGGCUGAAGUCCAGCCGCACUUGGCAAUGUUUUAGCUACUUCUAAAUCACUAAUCAUGGCCUCCAUGGCAACAAAUAAAGUAAGUUUCUUACAAGUACCAUUAUCACUGCAGCACGAGGAAUAGUUAAACAUGCUUCACUACAAACCAGAGUCACAAUGUAAACAAACGCCAUGGGUGGAUCUACACCUGACAUCCACUGUA